AUGCCAUCGUUGUACCUAACACCAUGCAGAAUAUCCGUUCGUUUUCCAGUCAUCAUUAUAGGUGAAAACGUUUGCGACACAGUGACGGUGUAUAUUAAUUUGACUUUAGAACUGCCAGUGAUACUGUACGUGAUAGCGCUGCUAGUAAUGAUUGUGAUCGCGAUGCUUUUGAUCCCACAACCAAUGUGCUCAAUUUGGGUUGCAUUCGCUAUCGCGUCCAUCGAUCUUGGUGUCAUCGGUUUCAUGACUCUCUGGGACGUCAACCUGGUAAAAAACUGUUUUACACCCAAAAAAAUUUUGGCAAAAUUUUUUAAAAUAAAUCUUGCUUUUCGUAUAAAGCAUUUGCAGCUUAUCCGGAUUUUGGGACAAACAUCCUUUGCUCCAUCGCUCUCUUCGUCACAGCUAGCGCUCGCUCUUCGACUUGAAUGA